GCUUAAAGGCGCAGGAGCCAACUAUCAGGCGGACGGCGGAACAAGGGACAAACAGCUGCGAGCACUAAAGAAGACCCACACACAAGACGGGACGCGCGUGUACAACGUCCCGAAGAAGAAAACCACCCUGAAGACACGUACGGCGGUUAUUUUGUGGUGUUUCCAGUCGAUGUGUUUGGCCCUUUCGGGCUGUCGAACCUACCUGGGAUCGACAGAACAGAAAACGGAUAUUUUUCCUCCCAAAGUGCUCCUAUUUCGGGCACACCGGUUGGCUUCCUGGAUACUACAGUGGAUGCUAGUUCCUGAGAAGACCUGUGUGCUUCCCACUGUGGGCGGACGCAGGCAGAGGAAAGACUGCCAGCACGGGAGGGGACAAGGCGACCUGACCCCGGUGGACGCCUCGGCCAGGCCGGACCAAACCGAGGAAGAAGUUUCGGUGUCGAGGGGAUUGUGGGUGUGAUGACUCUGUCAUGAUGACGCCGUUAUUCUGCAAGCCCCGCCCAGGCGACGAGGGCGGGUGUUUGUCGUUGGCAGCCAAUCACAGAUGGAGUCCCACUAGAGUCACCUGUGGUCCCUCUACAGAAGAACCUUUUACCAGGAGCCUGCCACAGCACUGACCAGGCACACUGCCCCUUUUUUGUGGACACCAUUUCCAGAUGCUGUGUGUCCACGAGGGCCCGAUUAGACAAGUACAGGCACUAAGGUGCUUGGCCACUCAUCGUCUUGCUUGAGGCUGUAUGGCAGCCCCACACCAGGAACUUUAGGUCUUCACACACGUCUCCGCCCUUUGGCGUCGAACACGCAGUACUCUGGUCCUCCAGCAGAGCAAACAUGCGGCACAUUCACGUGGAGCUGUCCCACAAGAAAGCUCCACGGGAGCUUCCGGCCCACGAAGGCGAUCUACCUCCCCCCACGGCCCCUGCGCAGGGCCCGGACCCGGGGGUUCGACCGGGGGCCGCCAGACACUUUGACCAAGAGGACUUGCGCCAUCAAAAGGUCUACCAGCUCUCCAUUUUCUCCCAGCUGGGCGGGUUUUCGACAACCACGGACGCCCAAGGCGAUGCUCAACAGAGGCCUGUUCGCUUGGGUGUAAAACGGGGGCUGGAGGAGCCCCAGUUGACUCACAAGCGCCCCCUUGUGGCAGACUGUUCCGACAUAGAAGUAUUCCAGGGGGGAGUGUUGUGUGGGCCAGCGGUGGGGGUGGGCUUAGUCAAGGGCUCUGGUGGGUCUGGUUCUCUGUAUUCUUGCACACAAAUGGAGCACAGAGACUCUGAGGAGGGGGCACUGCCCAGAUCUCCUCCCCUCUCCCCAAACCACAACCCCUCCCGGCGUCCAGCUCAGCACAAUCACGACAGGCCCGUCCCCCUCUCGCCAAAAUCCCCUCCAAUGUGUGACCCUCACGGGCACCACUGUGACCAGGCGUAUUCUCUCGGAAGCUCGGUCAAAGCCGACGCCCCCAAUGGGGGCCGCACACCCACCUACUCGCUCGGGAGCCCCGGAAGUGAGAAUUGUAGCAAUGGCACGACCGGAGGACAGCCCAGCCCGCAUUUAUACGACAUGGCCACCUACGAGACCCCAAGUCCUGCCAGCCCCACGAGCCCGCCAGGGCCCUUCUCCCCCCCGCACCACGCGGAACUGCAAGAACCGGGAGAGGCCACGGAGUGGGACAUCGGACUGGAAUCCUCUCCCCCGGAGCGGAGCGCGACCCAGGCUGCCUCCUCCUCCCGCCACGGACUGUCUUCCUGGGAGAAGACUCCCAGCAACAGCGGCCACCGGCUAUCCUCUGCGGGCCCCUGGCCGGCCAAGAAGAGGUUACUGUCCCCCAGCGAAGCCGUGGAGUCCUGCUCGGAGGACGAGGGACCUUCCACUUCCAAGAGGAGCAGGCUGUCACUGCUGGCCCCCGGCUUGGGACCGGCUUCGUGUCGCAGCACAGAUGCCAAAGCUGCGCCGUACUGGAACCACCUUCUCCCUUCGGCGAGGGACCGCCCUAAGUGUGCCACAGACUGCACCAGGUCAGGGAGGCGACUGAAGAGCGCCGCACGUCUAAAAAGGCAGCUGCGCAGCGGCAGACAUGCUGAGUGCAGGACCUCGGCCCACUCCAGAUGGCCCUCCUCUUCCAUCAGCAGGUCACUUCUAGGCAACUUUGAGGAGUCGAUGCUGAAGGACCGCUUCUCACCAUCGGGCUGCAUCGAGGGCUUCACAGCGGAGAUCGGGGCCAGUGGCUCCUACUGCCCGCAGCACGUCACUUUACCCGUACAGGUUACAUACUACGACAUGUCCGAGCACAGCGCGCCCUCACCAUUCCUGGGUGUGAUCUCCCUUGAGCAUCUUGGCAAGAAAGGCUACAACAUACCCAAAGCAGGGACCAUUCAAGUGACCUUAUUCAACCCCAACAAAACUGUGGUAAAGAUGUUCCUGGUGACGUACAACCUGGACGACAUGCCCACCAAUCACAUGACCUUCCUGCGCCAUCGCAUCUUCCUGAUGCCCGUGGAGGAGGGGAAGGAGGAGGAGGAGAAGAAACACGGGCUGCUAGAGAGCAGGAAGAUUCUCUGCUACCUGAUACAUCUCAGAUUCCACAGCUCCAAAUCUGGGAAGAUCUACUUGCACAACGAGAUCCGGCUGCUAUUCUCCCGCAAACCCGUGGAAGUGGACACGGGGAUCCCUUACGAGCUGAAGUCCUUCACCGAGGUGCCAAGUAACCCCAAGUACUCCCCGCGUGUGUGACAAGCCACGCCCCCCAAAGAGCUCCCUGAACACCUUGUGCUUCCUGGAAGAGGAGGGACCGCCACAAAGACUUGAGGAGGAGACGCCAAACGCCUACGAAGACACUUUGGUGUGUAUAAAGGAACACACACUUUCUUGUAGUUCUUACCUUCUUGGGACCUCUGAAAAAUGCCUCCCUCUUUAGAACCACCCAUUGUAGAUAUAUAAAGAUUUGUAUUUACAACAUUAAUAAUAUAUACAUACUAUGCAAAUAGAAAAAAGGUAAGCUUUUAUGACAUUUUUUUUGUUUGUAAUUGUUUUUUAAUCUUAAUUAAUAUUUUUGGUUUUUUUUUUAUCGAUUUUGGCCAAAGGGGGGCGCAUUUCAAUUUCUUACACACACUUGUUAUCACAUAUGUUGGCCAGAGGGAGAGCACUUCAAAUGUUUACACACACUUUUUAUUUCAUAUGUUGACCAGUGGGGGAGCACUUUUAAAACCGACACACAGUCAAUUUGAGAAAUUCCUCCUUUUUGGGACCACCCUCAUUUUGAUAGAUUUCACCACCACGGGUGCAAAGGACUUUUCCUUGUUGGUGUCCCAAGAAGGGUAGUAAUACAAGAACACACACGCACACACACACACACACACACACACACACACACACACACACUUGACUGAAGGAGUCUUCUGCACAGACACAAAAUGGCGACUCUCACUUUUAACUUGCAUGCCUUGUGACUUCAACAGUUUUUCCUCCAGUGCCGUAUCACACUGUCCUUCACUCUGCCUGCACAUGCCACACAAACAUGAAUAUUAAUAAUAAUAAUAAUAAUAACUCAAAUUCCAGUCAGCCAUCCUCAACCCAAUGUAAACACGCCAGGAGUCUGGUACCAUGUGACACCAAGAUGCAACAUCCACUUCCUGUUAUGUAGCCAGACUGAGGGACACUGUGCUACUUUUUUCUUUAAAAAAUAAAAAGAAAAAAAAAGAAGAAAAAAAAAAAGAUUUUAUAUUUUUAGUUUCUGUUCAGAACAGAACAAUGAAAGACAGAAAGAAACAAAAACAAAAAAACCCAGUAGUAUUUUUAAUUUAUUGAAAAUUUUUUCGCAAAUGUCUUAAAAAGCAAUAUGCUGCACAAAGUAAGUAGUGUGUAUUUUUUUUCUGCCUGACGACCUUUUCUCUCCUGACUUGU